CGCUCGCUCUCUCGUGCGCAUGCGCGGCGGAGCUGUCCCUCACGCCCCGCCCCUUCGCCUGUCACGAUGAGGCGGCCGAGGCAGCCCAGGGCCGGCAGCGGCGGCGGCUCCUCCUGCUGCUGCUGCGCUUGCCUCGCUUUCCUCGCCUGACGUAGCGGGCCCGGCCUCGGCGUGAGCUGGCUCAGUCAUCCUCAUGGCCCAGCCUGGGGCGACCCCGGCAGAGUCGUCGACCGACGCUCUCCGUCAACGAGUAGCAGAACUGGAAAAAGUCAAUGCUGAAUUUCUACGCACGAAGCAGCGCCUUGAACAAGAAUUUAAUCAAAAGAGGGCAAAAUUUAAAGAGCUGUAUCUGGCUAAAGAAGUGGAUCUGAAGAGGCAAAAUGCAGUCCUGCAGGCGGCUCAGGAUGAUCUGGAGCAGCUGCGGACGCAGCUCAAGGAAGCCCAGGCUGAAAUGGAGAACAUUAAAGCCAUUGCUACAGUGUGUGAAAAUACCAAGCAGGAAGCCAUUGACGAGGUGAAGAGGCAGUGGCAGGAAGAGGUUGCUUCUCUGCAGGCUAUAAUGAAAGAAACUGUCCGUGACUAUGAAAUCCAGUUUCAUCACAGGCUGGAGCAAGAGCGAGCUCAGUGGAACCAAUACCGGGAGAACGUGGAAAGGGAAAUAGCAGAGCUGAGGAGACGUCUUUUGGAAGGCCAAGAAGAAGAGAACCUGGAAAAUGACAUGAAGAAGGCCCAAGAAGACGCAGAGAAGCUUCGUUCAGUUGUGAUGCCUAUGGAGAAGGAGAUCGCAACUUUGAAAGAGAAAUUGACAGAGGCUGAAGAAAGGAUAAAGGAGCUAGAGGCGUCAAAGGUUAAAGAACUGAAUCAUUAUUUAGAAGCUGAGAAAUCUUGUAGGACUGAUCUAGAAAUGUACGUGGCUGUUUUGAACACUCAGAAAUCAGUACUGCAAGAAGAUGCAGAGAAAUUGCGGAAAGAACUUCAUGAAGUCUGCCAUCUAUUGGAGCAGGAACGGCAACAGCACAACCAGCUGAAACACACUUGGCAAAAGGCCAACGACCAGUUCUUAGAGUCCCAGCGUUUGCUGAUGAGGGAUAUGCAAUGGAUGGAGACGGUGCUGACGUCUGAGCAGCUUCGGCAAGUUGAAGAACUGAAGAAGAAAGAUCAGGAAGAUGAAGAGCAGCGAAGACUACAUAAAAAGAAGGAAUACAAAAAGAAAGGCCCUGAUGACGAAUCGAAAGUAAGCUCCAUCGCUCCUGACAAAUCCCUUCCGCAGUUCCCUGGUGAAGAGGUGCAUAUAAACAGCACUCAUGGCUCAGUCCAUUCCCUUGACACAGAUGCUAUGCUGUCUUCAGGAGAAUCCCUCAAGUCGGACAGUGACAUGUUUAAAGAGGGGCUGCGGAGAGCACAGUCGACGGACAGUUUGGGGACAUCAGGAUCCUUACCGGCCAAAACUCUGGGCUACAACAACAAAGCCAAAUCGGCCGGGAAUCUUGAUGAGUCUGACUUUGGGCCAUUAGUUGGGGCGGACUCUAUGUUGGAGAACUUUGACACGGCUUCCCUUGGCUCUCUGCAAAUGCCCAGUGGUUUCAUGCUAACCAAAGACCAGGAAAAAGCAAUCACAGCCAUGACGCCGGAGCAAGAGGAGACAGCAUCCCUUCUCUCCAGCAUUACCCAGAGCGCUGAAAACGCUUACCUAUCUCCUAGCGGCUACAGAUUAGUUAGUGAAACUGAGUGGAAUCUCCUUCAGAAAGAGGUGCAAAAUGCCGGGAACAAGCUGGGACGGCGCUGUGAUAUGUGUUCCAACUAUGAAAAGCAGUUGCAAGGAAUCCAGAUCCAGGAGGCGGAGACGAGAGAUCAGGUGAAGAAGCUUCAGAUGAUGUUGAGGCAGGCCAACGACCAACUAGAAAAAACAAUGCGAGAGAAGCAGGAACUGGACGAGUAUCUGAAGCAAAGCACAGAAGAUUCAGGAAAUCAGAUCUUGUCACUCAUUGUCAGAGUUCAGGAGUCUGAGACCCAGCUUAGUGAACUACAGCAUGCAUUUUCUCAAGCUAGGAGAGAUGUCCAGGAUCAAAUGGCUGUCCUGACACAGUCGAGGGAGCACAUCUCGGAGGAGUUGAUGAGACUCCAGAAAGACAAUGAAAGCCUUCAAGGAAAACAUUGCCUGCAUGUCUCUUUGCAGCAGGCCGAGGACUUUAUCCUGCCAGAAACCGAAGAGGAACUCCGUGAACUGGUCCUUAAAUACCGUGAAGACAUCAUUAGUGUGCGGACAGCAGCAGACCACCUGGAAGAAAAACUGAAGGCAGAAAUUUUAUUCUUGAAAGAACAGAUUCAAGCUGAACAGUGUUUAAAAGAGAACAUAGAAGAGACGUUGCAGCUUGAAAUAGAGAACUGCAAAGAGGAAAUAGCUGCUGCUUCCAGCCUGAAGACAGAGCUGGAGAGAAUCAGAGUGGGAAAGGAGCAGUUGGAGUCCACCUUGAAGGAAAAAAUGCAGCAGUUGGAAAGCUUUCAGGAGAGGAGAAGUGGUCUUGAAGAGCAGCUGAGGAGGGAGUUGGUGGCAAAAGCUCACCUGGAGCAGCUGAUGUUUGAAGAGAAGGACAAAGCUCAGCGGCUGCAGACAGAACUGGACGUCAGUGAGCAAGUGCAGAGGGAUUUCGUAAAGCUUUCUCAGACCCUUCAGGUCCAAUUGGAACGGAUCCGGCAGGCAGAUUCCCUGGAGAGAAUCCGUGCAAUCCUCAACGACACAAAACUGACAGACAUUAAUCAGCUGCCUGAAACAUGACACACUCCAUAGCAGGGCUCUAAGGCUGCAUUUUUUGGUUGUUUUUUUAAACCCUCAUCUUUAUAGCAGAACAUUUAAUUAUUAUUAUUAUUAUUUAACUCUUAACUGAAAGAAGCAGGAGAGGGGAGCAGUCAUCCAGGCUGUGCCUCUGGAAAGGGAGAGAAGGCUUUGCAUGGGGGCAGGAAAGGGUCAGAUUGAGAAAUAGGCGAGAUGCUCUGGAGGGUUUUAGUGGAGUCGGACUUGUCUUGAAUAACCAUCCUCUCCUCCCGUACACUUUUAAAAAAAAAUCUGACUCUCUUUUCUCCCCCAUUUAAAAAAAAAAUGCUGUGAUGAAAGUCGUUCUGGAAAUCAGAUCUCCUUUUCUCCUCGCCACCCGCCUCCUUCAAUUCUGGAGUGAAGCUGUUGAACUCCAUCCUGCCAGUGACUGAAGACUACCGGUGAUGUUUAGUUGAGGGAGCAAGCUAGGCAGAAGGUGGUCUAGUAUGCUGUACGAAUAUUUUUUUUUAUUAUGAAAAUACGGAUUUAUUUUCAGGACACUAGGUUUUGGGGAUUUUUUUUGAACUCUUUCUGUCUCACAUCUUAUGCUAGAAGAGCCCACUUGAUGUGGAAAAGUGGGGGCGGAACAGUACAGGGGGAAGAGAGUGUGGGUGAGAAGGCUCAAGCUGUCAAGAGAAAAUUUCAUCUUCAGGGGGAGAAAGUGAUCAGAUGAAGAGCCUUGCCAUCCAACUUCUUGGGGCGAGGACAUGAAUAGUAAACACACCCUUAAACAACUGCAGAUGCAGUUUGAGAAACUUAAGACUUUUGUGUUGCCUUUGUUUCAGAGAUGGCAGGCAGUGAUGAUCCUGCUCUAGCUGAGCUGACGUUUAGGAUCUUUCUGCACUCCUUUAAGGAGGGGAGGGGAUUAGUGUGUUCUGUGCCCCUCCCCAGAAAAUGUGUGUGUGGUAUUUAAUCUUAACACAAUGAACAGGAUGGAAGUAGGUUUUUUUUAACUCUAACUAAUAAAAUAAAACACUCAGUUGCAAGGCAGUACCAAAGUAGAAUGGAGCAGGUUGCUUUGCAGCCUUUACACAGAUUUGUAGGAGCUCUAAAUGUGAUGCCAUUCUUAAAAAGGAUUCUUCACCCUUUGGGUCUAGAGUUACCCAUUUAAAUAACUUUGCAGUCCUGAAGCGGAGCUGUUUGUGAAAUGCCAGUUAAGCUUCGAAGGGAUCUUCCUUGGAUUAUGCCACUUUAGGAGCAGGCUGCUUUUGGUGUGGCUUUGGAAAACCUUGUUCUGGACUCUGGGUUGAAUCCAGAGAAAGUGGAUCAUGCGUAAGCCCCAUUUUAAUCAGCGGGGACCUACAUGCACCUAAUUUACUCUCUGGAUCGAUCCAUUGGAUGGGAAGGGAAGCAACUCGCAUGGAGGCUGGCUGUAACGUACUACAGCAGAUGUGGGGAACCUUUGGCCUUCCAUAUGCUGGUGAAACACAACUCCCAUCAUCCCUGGCCGUUGGCCCUAUUUUCUGGGGCUGAUGGGAGUUGUAGUUCAGCAACAUCAUCUGGGCUGAAGGUUCCCUAUGCCUGCACUACAGAAUUUGGAAGGUGUUUGCUUUGAGGAAGAGCUACCACGUAACAAACCCUGUGACCACAUCCAUCCUUCUUUGUAGAACUGAAAUAAUUUUUGAUUCCCCUCAAGCAGGAGGCUGCAUCCUCUUGAACCCACAGUUCCUUGUGCUUUCCAGUAGGAGUGUAUAACUUCCUAGGAAGCACACCUUAAAAAAUUAAGGCUUGUAUGAAAUAGGCAGGGCACACUUUAUCCCCCUUCUGCUGCUGCUACCCAAAGCCCAGCCAUUAAUCCAUAAAACUGAUUUUGCUAUAAAGACUGGAGUGAGCCUGGUAUGGCCCUCCUUAAUUUAAUCAUGUUCGCCAUUAAUUAAUUCUUGCCCAAACUACUAGUGCUCCAAGUUCCACUUCAUUUUUAUCAGUGUAAAUGGAAGAAUUGGCAUAAUUCCUCCACACUUCUGCAAUGGGAGCCAGUCCAGCCUUACCUUUUUGGGCGAGUCGUAGUCAGUCAGUCUGACUGUUCUGUAGGUUUCUUUUGCACUGGAAGGUAUCUCCCGUGGGAGCCUUUUGUGCUGUGUAGUUCCAUCCGCAUUAAUUGCUAAUUGCAGAGUCAGAAAACACUUGCCGGAAUGCAGUCUGUUUAGAUCACCGGGGUGGGUGGGAAGAUAUGGCAGCAGCUAGUACAACAAUGGCAAGGUUGGGAAGCCACUAGCAGUGACAAACACUCGAAGUGAAGAACUUGUUCUUGCAGUCUGUACUGGCAAGUUUCUUUGAAUCCCUCAUUUGGUAGUAGGGGCUAGAGGGGAGGGCUUUUUCUCUCUCUCUCUUCAAACAUGCCUGAGAGCUUGGAAAAGUUACUUUUUUGAACUACAACUCCCAUCAUCCCAAUCCAGUGGCCAUGCUGGCUGGGGCUGAUGGGAGUUGUAGUUCAAAAAAGUAACUUUUCCAAGCUCUGCUCCCCCCCACCUGUUGCUUGUGCCAUUUUGACACUGCUAGAUCAUCUUGAGUAUGAGCAAGGAUGGAUUCAAUGACUGUCCUGUUGCUUUUCUCUAGGCAAUGCAUCUUUGGAAAAGCAACCACAACAUGGGUCAGUUUUAUUUAACCAUUUGUCUUUAGAGCGGUUUAAAACUGUGCUGCUUGAGUCUUGGUUAAAUAGGGAGAUAAAUUUAGGUAGCGUAAGAUCAUUAUUGUACGCUCGCCACAGCUUAUGCGUUAAAGAGUGAUACUGGGUGGGAUCGGGUGCUUAAUUAACUGUUUUAGCAACCAAGUUCUGCUCUAUUGUCCAUCCAGAUGCCUGAUACUGCUUCCAAGACAACUUGGGAAGAAUGUUUUCCAACUACUGAAGGUGUUGGUGGAGAAUAGAUCAGCAGCACAAGAUUAAAAACCUUUGUAGUUGUAAGUAAAUUAACAGAAGACUGACAGUUUAAUGCAGAAAUUCUCAAACCUAAAACCCAAGAUACACACAGGAUGAAUUAUAAGAGACACCCUCCCUACUCCACCAAAUCUUUUAGAAAAGGGAAGGCAUUUUUGUUUAAUGUCAGGAAAUCCUCUGUGAAGUGUCGGUCAGUUUAAAGUGCAAGCAAGCUAAUUGUGGACUUAGUAGCAUUUCUUCCAUAAUUAAGCUUUGUGUGUUUUUUAAAAGGGAAGGUUGUGCCCAUCUCAUCUUAGGUCCUGGUUCUCUUGCUGUAAAGGACUGCUUAAUUUGUACUACCGAUUUUCAGGGCCAAACAGGGAAUGCAAUACAGUGACUUGUAAGAAGAGAGGCUGGGUGCAAAAUGGAAGAGGGGAAAGCCUGCAAGUUUUAGCCCUGUUCUGUAUAUUUGUACAGUCUUAAUACGUGCAAAAUAAGUUCUUGCAGCAUGUCUAACGGUUAACUGUAACACCUUCUUUACUUUGGCUCCUGUUGCCAUCACUCUACAUCUUCUCAAAGCAUAGUUUGGCUAAAGAUAAGAGUGGGAGAUGGGGAAGUCAUCUAUAAAUAUAGUCCCUUUUUAAAAAAAAAUGGUUAGUCUUUAAAUUCCAAAUGUGUUUGGAAUUAAUACUGCAUUCCAAUGAACCAAGCCACUGAUGUCCUGUGAUACUGUGGAUGUAGAAUUCUCCCGUCUACUGAAUUUGGAAAUGUAACCAUUUGUUAACUGUAUUUGAAGGUGUAUCCUUGAGAAGUGUUCCAAAUUAAAGGAGGAAAAAAGUC